CGCCCCAGCGCGGCCCGCGCCCAGAAACCCGUCGCGGUGACGCAGCGAGAGCCCGGGAGGAGGCGCGGGAACGCGCGCCUGAAGUAGAGUGCCGGAAGAGGAAAGCUCUUGCUGGAGCCGGGAGUGCGGCUGGGCUCACGCCGGCGGCUACGGAGCUGGCAGGUGCGAGGCGUCUGCACCUGGCGGGCGAUGGCGUCCGGUGCUGGCGCCCCGGGGUAGCUCGGGCGAGGCUGUGGGUCCCUGGCGCACACGCCCGCACCCCUCCCUGGCCUUGGCGAGGGCCCUGCCCGGCCCAGGCAGCAAUGGGGCUCCUGCAGCUGCUGGUCCUAGCGGUACUGGCAUCGGAACGCCGGGUGGCUGGUGCAGCCGAGGUCUUCGCGAACUUCAGCGAGGGUCUUAUUGAAUUUUCUGUGGGGAAAUUUAGAAUCUUCGAGCUCAAUAGGCCCUUUCCGGAGGAAGCUAUUUUGCAUGAUAUUUCAAACAAUGUGACUUUUCUUAUUUUCCAAAUACACUCACAGUAUCAGAAUACAACUGUUUCCUUUUCUCCGACUCUCCUUCCCAAUGCCUCGAAAACAGGCACUGACAGUGGACUGGUUUUCAUCCUUAAACCAGAGCAGAGUACAUGCACUUGGUACUUGGAGAUUUCAGACACAGAACCUGUCCAGAGUAUGGCUAUCCUCCUCUCCUACUCAGAAAGAGAUCCUAUCCCUGGAGGCUGUAAUUUGGAGUUUGAUUUAGAUAUUGAUCCCAACAUUUACUUGGAGUAUAAUUUCUUUGAAACGACUAUCAAGUUUGCACCAGCAAACCUAGGUUAUGCGAGAGGUACAGAUCCCCCAUCAUGUGAUGCUGGGACAGACCAAGACUCCAGGUGGAGGUUGCAGUAUGAUGUCUAUCAGUAUUUUCUGCCUGAGAAUGACCUCACUGAGGACAUGGUGCUGACGCAUCUGCAGAGGAUGGUCACGGUGCCCCAAGUGAAGGCCAAUGCUCUCAAGGUGGUUACCCUAACUGCGAAUGAUAAGACAAGCGUUUCCUUCUCAUCCCUCCCGGGACAAGGUGUCAUAUACAAUGUCAUUGUUUGGGACCCAUUUCUAAAUACAUCUGCUGCGUACGUUCCUGUUCACACAUAUGCUUGCAGCUUUGAGGCAGGAGAGGAUAGUUGUGCUUCCCUAGGAAGAGUGUCUUCCAAAGUGUUCUUCACUCUUUUUGCCCUGCUUGGUUUCUUCAUUUGUUUCUUUGGACACAGAUUCUGGAAAACAGAAUUAUUCUUCAUAGGCUUUAUCAUCAUGGGAUUCUUCUUUUAUAUACUGAUUACAAGACUUACACCUAUCAAGUAUGAUGUGCGUCUGAUUCUGACAGCUGUCGCUGGAAGCGUCGGUGGAAUGUUCUUGGUAGCUGCGUGGUGGCGAUGUGGAAUCCUCUCGAUCUGCAUGCUCUGUGUUGGACUAGUGCUGGGGUUCCUCAUCUCGUCAGUGACUUUCUUUACUCCACUGGGAAACCUAAAGAUUUUUCACGACGAUGGUGUAUUCUGGGUCACUUUCUCUUGCAUAGCUAUCCUCAUUCCAGUAGUUUUCAUGGGCUGCCUAAGAAUACUGAACAUACUGACUUGUGGAGUCAUUGGCUCCUAUUCGGUGGUUUUAGCCAUUGACAGUUACUUGUCCACAAGCCUUUCCUACGUCACUUUGAAUGUACUCAAGAGAGCACUCAACAAGGAUUUCAGCAGAGCUUUCACAAAUGUGCCUUUUCAAACUAAUGACUUUAUUAUCCUGGCAGUAUGGGGCAUGCUGGCUGUAAGUGGAAUUACGUUACAGAUUCGAAGAGAGAGAGGACGACCAUUCUUCCCUCCCCAUCCAUAUAAGUUAUGGAAGCAAGAAAGAGAGCGCCGAGUGACAAAUAUUCUGGACCCUAGCUACCACAUUCCUCCUUUGAGAGAGAGGCUCUAUGGCCGAUUAACCCAGAUCAAAGAGCUCUUCCAGAAGGAGCAGCCAGCUGGAGAGAGAACACCCCUGCUUUUAUAGAUGCCCAGGGGGUUGGUCAGUGUGCCUCAGCUUUGGCGUUCAUGCCCGAAGUGCUUCACCAAUCUCUGGUGCAAGUCUAAUAAAAGAUCAGGCAUAUAUAUCUGUGCUUUGCAUAAUAUUAUGGUGCCCUUACGGAUAUAUGGUAAGGGUAUACUAGGGGAUUAGGAUUAUUCUAAGAGAAUGAGAAAGAUGACCAAAAAGUUAUGGUAGGGAAGCUUUUCUUUAUUUCCAAAUAUUUGAGAAAUUACCUUUUGGUUUACAAAUCUAUGAUCAACUUAUUCCAUUAAAUAGAUACAUUACAAAAAAUUAAAAACUGAUUCUCCUGCAGA